UGGCCGUAAUCCAAACAUUUUAUCAUCUGCUGUCUCAUUCUGGCUUUAAGCAGUGAGACCUCGUGCGUAGCCGAAGUGUCCUUCACGAAGCCCGACUGUACGCACCUUGCCGCUUGAGAAGUUACCAGCAAAUCUGACUGCAAUAUUUCAAAGGAUUACCCUUCGCCAACUCUGCAAUAUGGUAAAGACAAAGAAAUACAUCUUGGCUAAACACUUUGUUGGUGAGCCAAAGGAAGAUGAUUUUGAGGUUGUAGAAGAAGAGUUACCACCCCUGAAGAAAGGAGAAAUUCUGUGUGAAGCUGUGUGGUUAAGUGUCGAUCCAUACAUGAGGCCAUAUUCAGUCAACUUUCCUACUGGAACCACCAUGAUUGGAUCACAAGUUGCAAGGGUUAUUGAGAGCCAACAUCCUGAGUACAAGGUUGGAAUCCACAUUGUAGGUCACUUUGGAUGGCAAACUAAGAGCAUUAUCAAUAUUGACAAUCCGCCUACAAUACUAUGGAUGUCAAAACCCUUCAUCAUACCUGAUUUCUCAGGACUACCCCUGUCACUUGCACUUGGAGUCCUGGGCAUGCCUGGAAACACAGCAUACUUUGGAUUUCUUGAAAUAUGUAAACCGAAACCUGGUGAAACUGUGGUAGUCAGUGGGGCAGCAGGAGCAGUUGGUAGCCAUGUUGGCCAGCUUGCUAAAAUAAAAGGAUGCAAGGUGAUAGGCUUUGCAGGGUCAGAUGAUAAGGUGAAGUGGCUGAAGAAUAACCUGAAGUUUGAUGCGGCUUUCAAUUACAAGACGACAGAUAUAACAAAGGCACUGAAAGAGGCUGCGCCAGAUGGAAUCGAUUGUUACUUUGAUAAUGUUGGUGGCACACUGAGUAGUGCUAUCAUUGCACAAAUGAGAGAGAGAGGCCGUAUUUCAGUGUGUGGCUCCAUUUCUUCAUAUAACGAGGAUUACACCAAACUUCCUUUAGCUCCUAUCCUUCAACCUUCCCUUGUAUUCAGGGAGUUAAAGAUGGAAGGUUUCAUAGUGAGACGCUGGCUAGACAGAUGGGAUGAAGGAAUCAACUACAACUUACAGUUGAUCAAAGAGGGUAAAUUGGUACACCCUGAGACUGUGACUGAGGGAUUUGACAACAUUGCAAAAGCAUUCAUAGGAAUGCUACGAGGAGAAAAUGUGGGAAAAGCUGUUGUGAAGGCUUGAAACUCCAGUUCAUACAGAGACAUGUGUUAUUUGUUUUCCAGGUCAAGUUUCAAAUGAAGCUGAAAGUAAUGGUUUUGUACAAAUUAUGUGACUAACAUAUUGGGUUUGAUUUUGAUCACUAGCCUGGUAUAAAUUCUUUCAUCCACAGAUGAACUAUGAAUUUACAUGCUUAUUAUGAUAAAAACAUAAAAUUUAAAAAGUUGAAUUUGCACUUGCAUGCACAGGUUAAAAACAGGAAGUGCAAUUUAGUUAUUCCUUCUGUAUUAUCUCUUGAAAUAUACAAUACUGGUGAAAUGGGAUAUUUCUAUAAAAUAAAAAUACAUUCAUUCA